CGGACACACUAAUUGGCCUAUGAGACAAUAGGAAGGCGGGUUUUUACAAUGUCAUAAGGGUUCAAGCUAAAAUGGCGGCGGCGCAGAAUGAUGACAGCAGUGAUAGUGACAUCGAGUUUGUACCCAGCAAACCUCGGAUCCUCCCGCCAAAACGGAGGAGGAUAAUCGACCAGUCCACUGUCGCUUCAGUCCCUAUUUAUUCCAGUAAGGUGAAUCAAAGUCUGCACCUUUUUUCAAACAAACUGGAAUCAAGUAACCUGGAGACAGAGCCAAAUAUUCAGUGUGCAGAAAAGGAGACAAAUAUUCAGAGUGCAGAACCAGACCAAGUAAAAGAUAAUGAGCCUGAGCCAGCAGAAAGAGCAGAAGUAAGCUUCACGAGUCCGAAGCUGUCAGAUUCUGAAGAAGAAGUGGAAAAACAUGAAACCCCACCAAUACCAGCACGCGAUCGAUCGCCAUCCCCUCCUCCUGCUUUAAGUGUUGUACGGAACACAAGGAGUCGUGGCUACAUGAAGAAGAUCAGGGAAAUGGAUAAAACGUUGAAGGAUCUAGGAGCAGCAAUUUCACCAAAAAAAGGCUCACAGGAUGAAGAUUUUGAUGAUGAUGUCAUCAUUCUGACUUCACCAACAGACUGUGACACUCCACAAGAGAUCACUGUAAAAGUACGCUGCCAUGCAGACCUUUUUCGAUUCCCACUCACAAUGGCAGACCCACUUCAGAAGGUGGUGGAUCACAUGGCAAGAAAGUUGAAUGUGUGCUCUAGUCGACUUAUUUUGUUCUUACGGGAUGUGGAACUAAACCCCAGUGAGACUCUGCAGCAUCAUAAUGUGAGCAUCACGGACAUUAUAGAUUGCAUAGAGGUAACUGAGCCAGCAACCCAAAACUGCAUCAAUCUUAGAGUCCAGGGGAAGGACAAGAACUCCAUGCAGGUCAUCGGUGUUCAGAAGACUGAACCACUCAAAAAUCUCAUGGACAAGUACAAGCAGCUGAUGGACUUGAAAUGGAAGAAGGUUGUGUUUUAUUUUGAUGGCCAGGAACUGUCUCCAAAAAGCACAGCACAGGACCAUGACAUGGAGACAGACGAUGUCAUCGAGGCCUGGGUUUGAUGCAGAGGUGCUUCCAUCAUUUAGGUGGUUGAAAGCGGACCGGUUUCUAUUUCUGCAUCAGCUGAAAGAUUUUUCUGCAGAAAAACUCUUUUGUUAAAGUUUCAGGUUUAAAAGAAAAAUAAUGCUUCAUUGACCUCAAAUUUAGCCUUCAGUUUGCUGAUGAAUGGAGGUAUUUCGUGGCAACAGCUGACUUUAUAUCAGAAACUGAUAGUGGGGCAAACUAUUGCACAAUGCGUUAAAAUUAAAUAAUUUUCUAUAUUUUGAGUAUUUUUAUAACAGUAAACUAUAGUCCUUUACUUGCAAUAAUAAGUAAAAUAAAAUUCUAUGUUUGCAAAAGA